AUGCUCCUCCGCUUCCUCUCGAGCUGCGCCUUCCUUUUCAGCAUCGUCUUCACCAUCCCUCUCGCUUUCGACGUCGGCGGUCGAGCGUGCGGACUCGCUUUCAGCUUGAGUCUCGCCACAUACUACUUCCUCCUCUCCUGCCUCCGCAUCGCCACGCCUGCACACUCCCGAACGCGAAGAUGGGCAGUCAAUGGUUUCGCGGCAUUGCAGACCGUUCUCAUCCCGGGACUGCUGAUAUGGUGUCUCAACAAGUUCAGUGUGGAUGGCGGCGAUGACGUGAACUGGGUUGCGCGUGCGUUCUACAACGCCACAAAGCCUCUGCACCACAGCCCGAGCUUCUUCGGCAAGGAAGGACUGUUGCAAUCCUUCCUCAUCGGCGGCUGGGACAAGCUGCUUCGCUACUCCACCCCGGUUUUCCAGCUGACCGAAGGCUUCUGCAGCUUGCUCGUCAUCCAAGCCUGCGGCCAAGUCACACGCUAUCUCGUCAACUCUUCCGACGGAGGCGAUGGGUGGAUGAUUGGCUUGCUGGUGUUCAGCAGCAGCGUCAUCACGAGCUCCGUCUACUUCCUCUGGCGCAUCACCACCUUUCCGGGCAUUGACAGCCAGGAUGCCAUCCUCAUCGGUGUGGCCAUCACUUGCGCCGUCUUCCUGUGCGCUUGGGGCAUCGGCAGCGGUCGUGGCAACGUGGUUGAAAGCAGCCUCCUCUUUGCCUACAUUACUCUAUGCAUCUACCAGAUCUUCACCGACUACCAGCCUAACCAUCCCCCGCCCCAAGUGGCGGGUAUGGCGGUGGACGAAGAAUUUCCUCCCCUUCCACCCAUCCUCAUGGCAAGCUACACAACAGUCCUACACGCCUUGUCCACCCUUCCGAGCACGUUGCACUCCGCCUUCGGAUUCAUGUAUGCCGCCGUCAAAACAAUCACACCCUCCGUCAUCGUCUCGCUGGCGUACCGCCUGACCGUUCUCUACGCCGCGGCGCGCAUCAUCCCAGCUGUGCGCGAGUCUGGAGCUCGUGCACUCUCUGAUGGCCCGGCCGCACUGGAAGACGGCGAAGGCGUUAGCACGCUGAUGGGACUACUGUCCUACUUCAGCCCUAGUGUGCUGAUCGCCGUGUACACAAGUUUACUGAUGCAGCAUUUUGCAUCGGCAUCAACCGAUCACCCGGACGAGUGGUGGACGAGUCAGGGUGGGCAGGGAGGCCCGAACAUCAGUCGUUGGAUCAAUCUUGCGGGGACCAUGGCUUUGUACGCAGUCGAACUGUAUCUAAGCCGGGAAUAUGGGGACGAAAUGAACGGUCACUGGAAGAUGGACUGA